CGAGCCUCGUUCCAUGAGCCGCCUCACCAAACAUUUCCAACGACUCCCGAAGCAAAACCCAAACUCACAAUUCGUGAGCCACGUACAUCAAAAUGGCGGCAGCCACCGACGGCGAUUCUGCGUACCUACGACAACUCCUCCUCCAAAACUCCAAGAAGACGCGAGCGCUUUUCGCGGGCGGCGUCGUCCCAGAUGCUCCAGUGAUACAGACUUCGAUUCCGGAGAGGAAGCGCAAGGCCGAUGCGACUAGCACACAACUGGUGCAAGUGAAGAGGGCAGAUCAGAAGAGGGCUGCGGCGUCUCCUGGGGGGGCAGGGGCACCAGGGACGCAGCUAUCAUCAGUGCUUUCUACCGAUAAUACCAGGAGGAUCCAGGUCGCCCAGCAGGCGAAACCAGAAUGGCAUGCGCCAUGGAAGCUGAUGCGUGUUAUAUCCGGCCAUCUGGGCUGGGUGCGGAGCUUGGCUGUUGAACCGAAUAACCAAUGGUUCGCUAGUGGUGCGGGGGACAGGACGAUCAAGAUCUGGGAUCUGGCGACUGGAGGGCUGAAGCUCACGCUGACGGGACAUAUUUCCACGGUCAGAGGUCUGGCUGUUUCGCCGAGACACCCGUAUCUGUUCUCGUGUGGUGAGGAUAAGAUGGUAAAGUGCUGGGAUUUGGAAACCAACAAGGUCAUUCGACACUACCACGGACAUUUGAGCGGCGUCUAUACACUGGCUCUGCAUCCGACACUCGAUGUCUUGGUUACGGGUGGACGUGAUGGUGUUGCGCGUGUGUGGGAUAUGCGGACACGAAGCAACAUCCACGUUUUGGCGGGUCACAAGGGAACGGUUGCGGAUGUUAAAUGUCAAGAGGUGGAUCCGCAGGUCAUAACUGGCUCUCUCGAUUCUACCGUCCGCCUGUGGGAUUUGGCUGCCGGUAAGACGAUGGGAGUUCUAACGCACCACAAGAAGGGUGUAAGGGCUCUUGCAACUCAUCCAAAGGAGUUUACGUUUGCGUCUGGUAGCACUGGCAGUAUCAAGCAGUGGAAGUGCCCCGAGGGAGCGUUCAUGCAGAACUUUGAGGGGCAGAAUGCCAUUAUCAAUACACUGAGCGUCAACGAAGAUAAUGUGUUGUUCUCGGGAGGUGAUAAUGGAUCGAUGGGCUUUUGGGAUUGGAAGACGGGACAUCUCUACCAGUCGCUGGAUACGACGGCUCAGCCGGGUUCUUUGGACGCGGAGGCUGGAAUAAUGAGCUCGACGUUUGAUAAGACUGGAUUGAGAUUGAUUUGUGGAGAGGCAGACAAGACUAUCAAAAUAUGGAAGCAGGAUGACCAAGCGACACCAGAGUCGCACCCCUUAGAUUGGAAGCCAACUCUGGGACGCCAAAAAUACUGAUUGUAGGAUGGGCAAAGCUUGGAAAUCGGCUCAGGAAAGCGAAAGGUGUUGUAAACAUGGACGGGCAAUGGCAUGGCAGGGCGAAUGUGUAUAUCAGCAUAUCACGAGGGGCGUUGCGGGAAAUCUGGACUAGCGAUAUCACCCAGAAAACGGCGUUGGAAAAGGCGGCAGAUUAGGCUCGCACUUUUUUUUAUUUAUACAAAUUAUGGGUAUCUUGUAGAUCUAAUAAUCAAAACCCGAGCCCUCGAGACUCGGGAUCAUCUUUCAAUGCGAGCUUGACAUCUCCCUCGCCGAUACAGAGACGUACUUUGGCCACGCGGUCUCCCUUUCGAGCCUCGAAUCCUAUGAUGCCC